UAUAAAUAGAUAACUGCACUGUUUUAUUACCAAAACCUAUUUAAUAUUCUCUUAAAAAUUUUGCAAAAUGAACUGUGUAAUUUAUUUUGGUGUGUUAUUAUGUGUUAAAUCUUCUUUCGUGAUAUUAAGUUCGACCACUCACUGUGUUGAACAAAUUGAUAAUAUUCUACAUGACCAAAAUAAUCCAAUUAUACCUGAAAGGCAAACAAAAGAACAAAGAGUUAAAGAAGCUAAAGAAGCAGCAAUAAUUUUUGGAAAUCAGAGUUUAAGUAUUGAAAAACUCAGUGAAGUUGAGAAAGUUGAGGAAACCGAAUUUGAAAAUGUAUUUGAACUUUUACCCAAACGUUAUUCAUCGCUUGUGGAUAGCAUUGGAACAUUUAUAGAAAAAUUCCAGGAAAUUACAAAAAAUGAUAAAAACAUAAACAAAAAUGUUAGCAAAAACGUAAAAAAAAUUGUUAAAAAAUUGAAAACAUUCGAUGAAAAUGAAUUAUUAGACCUAAGAAUUUGUAAACAAAUUAUGAAUAAUCAAUAUUACCCAGUACCACAUGAUUGGGUUUUAAAAUGUCUUAAGCUCAAUUUUGAAUUUAAAAAAUGUGAUCCAGAUAACACCGGAAGAAUCGCUAUUGGUGAUUUUCAGAAUGCCAUCAAUAAAGUUUUUGUUAAUGAUUUAGUAAAAAAACAUAUUUUUAAGAGUUUAUCUGGCGUAAAAGACGUACAAGACAUUUGUUAUGAAGCAUGGUUAUUGAAUAUAAGAAAAAACUUGUAUGAAAGUCAAUUUGGUUUGCACUGUUUAGGAAUGAAAUGUCUUACUUGCAUGGCAUAGUAAAAACAAUAUUUUUAAUUUAUAUAAAAAGUGUCUGUUUUUUUAAAUAAAUCAUAUUAUUACCAAAACAUUUCUACAUU